UGACGAGUUGGAUGCUGGCGCGCGUGCGCCGCGCUGCGGCUGCAGCCGAUGCAGAGGAAAGUAGGAAGCAGUGAGGUCCUUGGGGCCUCGGAAGAAGGGAGGAGCCGCGGUGCGUACGCAGGCCGGGCACAGGCCGGGACUCGGUUUCUCCUUCGCCUGCCUUAGUCGCCCUGCUCGCCUUUGGAAACAAACUGUUUUUAAAAGCUGAGGCGCUGAAUGGGGUCUGAGAGGGAUGCUCUCCUAGGUGGCGAAAUACGAGUUUCGCUAUUCAGUGCACAGUGCCACUCAAGCAUGCCGUUGUGAAGCCACUGGCAGUUUUUAAUAUCUGAAGUGGGAUCCUGUUUCAUAAGCGGUUUUAAACUUCUUGGUCCUUUUAAACACCGCUAACGUGUCUCAAUAGCUUAUCAAAAUAAAAAGUUGGCUCACUGGGCAUGAAUGAAUGUGGUGUCUUCUGACUGAGCCUACAGCAGGAUGUCUUACGUGGCAAAGAAGUGUGGCAUCAAAUUAAACCCUCCCUCUAUUGUUUUAAUCUAUGAAGAUCAGCUCAGGAAUAAUAUACGCAAGCGCAUCAUGCCUAUCCGGAAUUUCUCCAAGUUCUCAGGUAUAGCAUGCUUAUUUUUCUAACCUAUCACUGGUUCCUUCCCCAAAUAGGCAAGUUCAGAUACUGCUGCCACCACAGGAGUUUGUCUAGCACAACCUUCACCAAACUGGUGCCCUCCAGAUGUUUUGAACUACACUUCCCAUCAGCUCCAAUGAGUGGCUGUUAGCUAAGGCUGAUGGGAAUUGUAGUCCAAAACUUCUGGAGGGCACCAGGUUGAUGAAGCCUGAUCUAGCAGCUCAGCAUUGGAGAUGGUGGACAAUCCAAUAUGCAGGGGGAAAGGAAUAAUUCCUUAAGCACAGGUGGGAAUACUGGCAACAAUCUGUAAACUACACAUUGUUUAGUUAUCAUUGAAUGCACGUGACCACAUUCAGGAUUGCGUUUGAGAAAGGUACUUCUUCAGCCAUUUAGUUCUUAAGCUUUUGUGCGUUUUAUAGUGGAAUUUGACUUUUCACUCUACAGAAGGCAGCAGGUGUGAUAUAUAUGUAGUCCGCAUCUCCCUCUGUUCCUCACAAAUAGGCGUGAAAGAGGUGAGAAAUAGUCCUCAGAGACAUAUAUUUCCGGAUUAGCUUUAGGAAAAACAUUUUAAAAUGCAUAUUUACAAAUAAACAAAAUUAUGAAUUUUUGUUACCUGGACUUUUUGUCUUUUCAUUGGUGCAGAUUGCAGCAGGGCAGCAGAACAGCUAAAGAAUAAUCCUCGGCACAAGACUUAUUUAGAAGGUGUCUCAAUGGAACAGCUACAAAAAUUACACAAUUUGCUGAGAUGCCAGUUGGGGGGACAAAAUCUGACUCAGGGUCUGGAGCAAAUUCAGCGGGAAGAAACAAUUGACCCAGAAGAGGACCUGAACAAACUAGAUGACAAGGAGCUAGCCAAAAGGAAAGAAAUUAUGGAUGCAUUGUUUGAAAAGAACAGGAAAAAGAAAGAUGACCCUGAUUUUGUCUACAACGUAGAGGUGAAGUUCCCACAAGAAGAGCUUGAAGCCUGUGAGUGGGAUGAUGAAUCAGAUGAUGAGUUUUGAUCCAUAAUCAAGCCGUGGAAUGAUGAGUCUUCUCAUAUUGGGAAUAUAUAUCUCAUGCCCCUUCAUAUUUUAGCAACCAAACUUGAGUAAUCAGUCAGCUGCUACAUUUUAUACUGUGAAAUUAGAUCAAGACUUACAUUUUUUUUAAAAAUGUAAACAUGUUAAUGAAAAAGUGUUCGGGGGGUGCUUGAUGAAAAAGAUACAACCAGACUCAAAAGAGCUUUAUAUAGACUGUAUGCUAGUUCUUUGCCAUUGUAAAUAAAACAAUGGAUCUACUUCAGUACUUCACACUGCAGCAUUAACUUUGCAAAAAAAUUAACUCUGCAAGUAAUUGAUGUCUUAUUUAUUGUUUUGCAAUGUUGUUUAAUUACCAGAGGUGCCAGUUUGUCCGUUGAACUUCCAAACUUUCAGUUACCUCUCUAUUUUUUUUAAAUGCAUCAGAAUAUGAGCUACAAUAUUUGAUAGUUUAAUAUUACUGUUUCACACUGAAGUGAUACCGUUGUUUUUUUGUUUUUGUUUUUAAAGAAUUGCUUUUGGGGAAUCACAGUGAAACCAUUUAUUUUUAAGUAUGCAGGGCUGUGUUGAAACUAAUGCUCUUAAGUUAUUGUUAACAUGGGGUUUUGGGGGGGUGAUAAAGAAUGAUUUAGAAGUCAAAUUAACGAGCAGUCCUAAAGCCAGCUGAGAGGCCAUUAGAAACAUUAAGCAGCAUUGUGCUAGCAAAGAGGGAGUCCUUACUACACUAGCAGAAAGCACUGCUAGCAUAUAAAAGUAAUAGGGGAGGAGGCAGGGGAAAAACUGCUCUCCCCCUUUCUACCUUGAUUGGAGCGAAGGAAGUGAUUAUUCCUUUGCCACAGAAUCAAACAGACACUAACUUAGGAUUGUUCUGUUUCAGUUAGUCUUUUAUGUGGUGCUAAUAAUGGAUGCUUUAUUGUGAUAUUAAAAUUAUAUGCUUUCUGUUUCCAUUUUUAUAUAGUCAGACCUGAAGAAACAACUGUCCAAUAAAGUAAUUUUGAAAAACUGAAAGAGUCGGUAAUGUUGACAGAAUUAAAUGAUGUCUGAUAACAAGAAUGACAGGUGUAUGAAAUCAUGGCAACAAUAGACUACUUUUUAGAAAAGGUUAUUGAGUCUGCCUAAAGAAUGUGUUAGCCACUGUAUUUUUUUUUCUAAGGGCCCUGCAGGUGAGCUACUGAAUAGUGUAAUAAAUGUGCACUAGUUUUCCCUUCUCAGUUUCACCUCCAUAGCUGGGAGUCCAGCUAAAACAAUGUGAAACUGAAAAGGCACUUCUGAUGCUUCACCAAUGCAGUUCUCUUGUUUAUUGGCCCUGUUGUGGGUCCCAUUCUGUAGAAUUUUAACCCAGUUUGGGAAAGGGUGUGUGUAUGUGAGUUGGACUCAGAGAAUACAUGAAGACACCACAAAAUAUAUAUUUAUACACACAAACACACACACAUUCAAAUUCAAAAAUGUACCCCAAGACACAUGUUUGCAAACUAUAAAUUUCAAACAUAUAUAAAAUUUGGUCUCCAGAGGGCAAUGUUUUAUUACGUAACUACUCACUUUUGGCAAAUUUCUUCACUUUGCAGGAACCUCAGAACAUUUAAAAGUAUCUCUCCAGGCACAGAGCAGCUUAGGAAUAAGUUGUAUUGCUCCUUGGACACUGUACAGUCUCUAGUGUUUGGAAAAGUAUUAAAACUGAUUAAUUGGAUUUUUUUAAAAAAAAUUUACUUGACAGGAGGCCUUUUUCAGUAAGACAUAUACUUGUGAUAGAAAGUUUCUUUGUGAAGUCAAUUACAUUCUAACUACAACAUGAUAAAAGAAAUGAACACUAGAUGCUGGACCUCCUUUUUAAUUAUAAAAAGAGUACAUCUGGGAAUGUCAGCUGCCUUCCUAUUUUAUGAUGCCAAAGUUUAAGUUAUAUUUAAAAUGUCUAAUAGCCCAAUCAGAAGAAAGACAAAGAGAUACAGUAUUGUGAAAGAUUAUUAUUAUUAUUAUUAUUAUUAUUAUUAUUAUUAUUAUUAUCCCAAUGUAUGUAUUGCAGUUACAGUCUUCAAGGUCAUCCCUUGCAUGUACUGCAUUGAGAUCGUUUUUUCCAAACCCAGAUGUUUAAAUUUUGGAACACCAUCCAAUCAGCAUGCAGCAAUGGUCAGAUAUGUUCCCACUUGGUCGGCCAGCCACAGAAUUGCUAGGCUGCACUCAGAUGAGGAAUAAAUGGAAGUAGGGUGUGAGGAUAUAGCCUGCUCAGAAAAUGAUCACCACAAACACAAAAUGUGUUAAAAAGCUUCUAUACCUACAGUGAUUGUAGAUGUAUAAUAGGUUACUUUUUAUAUUAAAAAAUUAACUUUUCUGCAGUAAGGGGAAAUUAAAAGUAAAAGAUGUGCCAGCUGACCAUAUGAUGAUGGUCAUAUGUGGUUGCUGCCAAAAAUUGCAUGCAUAAAGAGUACCAGUUUCUCAGUAAGCUGCAAUCCAUAGACUCAUUUGCCCAAAAAUAUUUGCAGCACAAAUCCCGUUGUUUAGAGUAGGGACCUAUGAAUCUGCCAGUUUCAGUAGUCUUAGGUUUCUCAUUUUUCCAAACUUAAAUUCAGUUCUCUACAUUUCCACAGCAGUUUGCGAUUUCUUCCUUUAAAAAAAUCUCAUGAACACUUACCGGCAUUUUAGUGCACGUUUCUCCUAAUACACACAUGUUUGGAAGCAAUUACCCCUUAUAUAAUGCAAUUAUAUAUGUUAUUUUGACUCAUAAAUAGAUUUUUAGGUACAUUUCCCCCUAAUAAUAAUUAUAAGAAGAAGAAGAAGCGUUUGGAUUUGAUAUCCUGCUUUAUCACUACCCAAAGGAGUCUCAAAGCGGCUAACAUUCUCCUUUCCCUUCCUCCCCCACAACAAACACUCUGUGAGGUGAGUGGGGCUGAGAGACUUCAAAGAAGUGUGACUAGCCCAAGGUCACCCAGCAGCUGCAUGUGGAGGAGUGGAGAUGCGAACCUGGUUCCCCAGAUUACGAGUCUAUCACUCUUAACCACUACACCACACAAUAUAUGCAUUUUUUCCAUAUUUGGUUGGAGAACUGCAUCACAAAAUUUGGAGAAGUGUGAAUUUCAUAAGAUAGUUGUGUUUUGCUUUGCAUAUUUGUUGAAAAGUAGGAAUUUGACAAUUUUUCAUGAAAUUACAAACAAAUUCUCCAUCAGUUUAGAGGAGCAAGAAACUCACACGAGGGCAGCAAUGAAGCAGAAACUGGAGAUAAGAGGAUGCGGAGUGGAAUGGAAGGAGGGAUGGUCCAAGUGGUCCAAAUAAGGGAUGCUUAUAAGACCAUCCAAGAGGCCUAGGAAUAGGAUGCAGGUAACAAACGUCAAGAGAGAAUGGCUGGGAGAAGCAAACUGGGGGUGGUGGGGUGGAGUUUAACUCUACCUGCAGUUAUCCUGACAAAACUAUCUUUGCAUUUCAAGGGAGGCUUCCAUUGCUGCCAAUUAAUGCAUUCACACAAUUAACAAGGCAUCUAGUUUGGUCCUAAGCCAGCAGGCAAAGGCUGGGAUGAAGGAAAGGGAAAGGAGGGAGAUCAGAGCUGACUGAGAACACAGAAGGGAAGCUUGGGCUGGCAUUCAACCUACUCACUCCUACAGCCCACAUUAUUGGCUAUAUUUCCAUAUGCAUUCCCAUCAUUUGGUGUGCAUUGCACUAGUGGCUAGAGGGUGGGACACGGGCAUAAGUGUGGGAAAAUAAUUAUUUUAGGAAUUGGGUCUGAUAGGCAUCUCUAUAUCACAUUACAGAACUAUCUAAGGAUUUUGUGGAAUCCUCAUCGAUGAAAGCGUUUGGGGCAGGGAAAACUAGGCUGAUCAAAAGCAGCCACAAAUCAUUUGGGAUAAAUCAAUCUGUCUGUGAAACAGAUGAAAUGGAGGGGGAUUUGCCAGUUGAGCCACAUUCUUUAAUGGUAUUUUAAACAUACAUUUAUUGAUUGAUUAAUUGUGUACUGCUUUUCCUUGAGGCACUCCAGUCUCUGUUUCAUGCCUCUCCUCCUCUCACAAAGAUUCUAGAAAUGGACCACAUAAAACACCAGCAAGCAAACUUGUGGCAGAAAGAAAGUGCGGCAACAUCGUGCGGCAGAAAGGAAAAGCCACUGAAAGAGCAUGUAAAGAAGCAUUGAGGUAAAGGCAGCUGGAGGCUAGCCAAAUACACGAGGGUAAGCUCAGCUGGCUGAAUAUUGUUGUUGCACAAAGCAGGGCAAUGCACUGAUGUGGCCCACACUGUAGGCACAUGUUGAAAACCUAGACUCCAUAUCUGGGUUGCAUACGUACCAAGCAUUUAAAGUGCACAACUCCCCCUCCCAAACUAUGUGGGGAACUAUAGUUCAUUAUGGGUGCUGGGAACUGUAGCUCUGUGAGAAGUAAACUACAGUUCCAAGAAUUCUUUUGGGGAAAGUCAUGUGCUUUAAAUGUAUGGGUUAUCAGCUGAUCAUCAAGGCUUCUGUGCACAGUGCCAUGCAAGAACAGCUCGCCUGACACCGCUGCAGCAUCAAGUGAUUGGCAGGUGGGGGAGACAAGGGUGGGACCUGCCAGUUGGAUCCAGUCCUGCCCCCGCGAUCUAGAGGACUGUAGGAAACUGGAGGUAGUAAUAUAAAGGCAUGUUAAGGCUGUUAAGUAACUCUGUGAGGGGAAAACUACAGUGCACAGAAUUCUUUGAGAAAGAACGAACGUGUUUUGAGUGUACUUUACAGGUAUAGUGUGUACACAGCCUUGAAGUCAAACAUGUGGAGCAACUUCGCUGAAAAGUGCUGUGUUUGAGGUUAGCAGAAAAUUGUACCCGGGGUGGUUGACUGGUGGUGCCUCAUUCACACAUGAAAGCUUUCAGUGUGCUGACCUCUAGGCUCAAAAAGUUCAAAAGGACUCAAACCCUAGCCAAUCUAGACCAGCUCCUUGUCAAAAACCUGGGCCAUCCCACUCACUAGCCCCCUCACCCCAGAUCAGGGUUUCAGUCUGAGCCACAAGCUUGGGACAUGAGCCCAGGCCUUCAGAUGAUUCAGCUCCUGCCUUCACAGAACUUCUUUUAGCUUUCCUUGUAACUGAUGUGGUUUCUCCAUCGGUGUACUUUGAUCAGAUAAAACGCGAAGUUAAUUCCCUUUUCUCCCUAACCACCUACCAAUUUUCUGUUGGGCAACACCCGAUGCCGAUUCUGCUAACCACAUCCUGAACUGAGUAAUUUUUUUCCCUCUAACAAAAGCAGAACCAGCUAAUCUUCACUGAUCAUACUACAGAGGAAGCUAAGACAUCUGCCUAAUACAGGAAAAGAGGCACAGUCAUUUCUGGCAUCUCCCAGCACAUCAAAAAUAACAGGGCAUCUUGUACCACCAUACUCAGUUUGGAGACAGCAACGAUGAAAACAUUUGGAGGAACAGAUGCCAGCAAUUACAGUCUAUCUCCUUUUCAAGGCACCUUUAUUAAAAGUUUUAAUUAACCUAACCAAUCCAACAGUUAAACAUUACAACCAUAAUGUUUCUAUAUCCAGGAGUCUGACUUGGCUCCCACAAAGAAUUCUUUUCCUGGCACUCCCAAGACCCCAUCCAUUUUUGUAGUAGCAGAAAAAUGAGAAGAGAAUAAAGUUGGCAUGGUGCUGUGCUGGACAAAGACAAUUAAAUCUCUCUCUCUAGAUGUUUGGUGGGGGACUGCUUGUCGGACUUUGUGUGUCUGUGUCCUAUAUGGUUGCGCAUGUGUCUGUGCAAGAGUAUUCAUGCAAUUGUGUGGGGUGACUACAUCCAUCACUGGCAUAUGACCACUAUUGGUCAAGGCUGAAUGUGUCUCUCAGGCCAAAAAUAUUUAGCCACUCCUGCCUUAGAAUUUAUUCUCUAUUUAUCCUGCACGUAAA